AACUUUAUUGGCACCUGGCGCGAGGCGGAGAAGGGAGAGCAGGGGCGAGGAGGCGCAGUCGGCGCACGGCCCGCCGAGGACGGAGCCUGCCAAGCGGAGGAUCGCCGGCGUCGGACGACAGGGCGUCGAGUCAAGCAUAAAGACUGAGGCCACUCACACGACGGUGGGGCGUCCCACGACAGAGCGAGGCCUUCAGCGGGGACUCGGGGUGGGGGUGGAGGGGCUGGGAAGCGGAGCCGGAAGCAGGAAACUACGACUCCCAGAAGGCGUAGCGGCGGCCGCGAGGCCUGAUGGGACAGAGAGUUUCUCGGGCUCUUCACCUAGAGGUUAGGUUGCGAGGUUGAACGUUCUGAGGCCGAGGGCGCCCGGAGCGGGACGGAGAUGGAACUGGAGCAGAGAGAGGGGACCAUGGCAGCCGUGGGCUUUGAAGAGUUCUCGGCGCCGCCGGGCUCCGAGUUGGCGCUGCCUCCGCUGUUCGGCGGUCACAUCCUAGAGAGCGAGCUGGAGACUGAAGUAGAGUUUGUGGCUGGGGGUUUGGGCGGUUCGGGGCUCCGGGAGCGAGAGGAAGAGGAAGAGGCUGCCCGAGGCCGGCGGCGGCGCCAGCGGGAACUAAAUCGCAGAAAGUACCAGGCCCUGGGUCGGCGCUGCCGGGAGAUCGAACAGGUGAACGAGCGGGUCUUGAACCGGCUCCACCAGGUCCAGAGGAUCACUCGGAGGUUGCAGCAGGAGCGGAGGUUCCUCAUGAGGGUGCUGGACUCCUAUGGUGAUGACUACCGGGCUGGCCAGCUCACCAUUGUGCUGGAGGAUGAGGGCAGCCAGGGCACUGAUGCCCUCACCCCAGGCAACACUGAGAACGAGCCUCCAGAGAAAGAGGGGCUGUCACCGCCCAGAAGGACACCGGCACCCCCUGAAGCCAGCAGCCCAGCUCCAGGUGAGGGGCCCAGUGGGCGAAAGAGGCGGCGGGCUCCCCGGGAUGGACGCCGAGCAGAGGCCAUACUGACCCCAGAACUGGCCCCAGUACAGAUUAAGGUCGAGGAAGACUUUGGCUUCGAAGCGGAUGAGGCCCUGGAUUCCAGUUGGGUUUCUCGGGGGCCAGACAAACUGCUGCCCUACCCAACACUAGCCAGCUCCCCCUUUGACUGAUCCCCCAAUAAACUCACCC